AUGGGAUUUCCAGAUGGACAAUAUUAUAGAGUUGAAAAUAGUAGAAGAAUUUAUUUUGGGUGCAUUGAUAAAUAUUCUAAUAAAAAAUUUUCCUAUUUCGAAUUCGAUUUAGAAAAAAAGGAAUUUAAGGAAUUGAGGGUAGAGCUUAAUUAUUUUCAGAUAAAUAAUUGCAUUCAAUUUGAUUUAAAUUAUCAUAUAAAUUUAUAUGCUUAUUUACAGUGUACGAAAUUUUAA